UUUAAACUUCCUUCAAUAAUCAGAACUAUGGUUUAAAGUAUGAUGGUAGUUUGGGAUAUUUACGAAUAUGGACCCAGCGGCCGUGAUUGAAACAAAUGCCAGCACCCCCAUAACUACUCGUAGAUCAGCAAAAGGAGCCUAAGCAUCAUGUUAAUGACAUACUCUGCCAGGCCCAUGCCAGGGGUUUCGCGCUGUAGUUAUCUAUGUGCUCUUUCUUACAAGGUGAGUCACAGCGGCCAAGAACACAGCUCCCUUUGGUGAUAAAAAAGGUUCGGUAUGCCCCGUCUCGAAAAGAACUGUAUCCUAUGCAGUAGCACUAGAGGUAUAAAUUUAGAUGGACAAGAGGUCAGAUAAAACGACACAGAGCAGGCAAGAGUCAAAACAAGAAUCCGAACUAAAGCGAGGAAAUCCAACCCGCACCAUGAGUUCUCAGCAGCUUAUGGCUCCGGAUUUUUCUGCGCUCAUCAAGGAUGCGAAUCCGGUCUGGAAUUUGCAGAAAUGCCGCAUCCGACCCUGUCGCGAGACUGAUGCUGAAGCCCUUGUUAUGGAAGCAAACAAUUCCAAAAUCGCCCGAUGCAUGAGAAACGUAUUUCCUUUUCCGUACACAUUAGAGAGCGCCAGGGCAUUCAUUACAUCUCCAUCGGCAGCCGAGUCGCCGCUCUCCGUUUUUGGUAUUUGCCGGCCAACUGAUGACCGGCUGAUCGGUUGCAUCGGACUAACAUUUAAAGAAGAUAUCUACUAUCGAACGAUGGAGAUAGGUUAUUGGAUUGGUGAGGACCAUUGGAAUCAGGGGAUCGGCACAGAGGCUGUUUCAAUCUUUUCUGACUGGCUUUUUGAGAAGUUUGAGCAUAUCCUGAGGCUUGAAGCGCAUGUCUUUGAAGGGAAUGAAGCGAGCGGUCGCGUGCUGGAAAAGGCGGGUUUCGUUCUAGAAGGACGGAGGCGCAAGGCGAUUGAAAAGCGUGGGGUCGUGUUAGAUUUGCUGAUAUAUUGUAAACUUAAGUGCUGAAACGUGAAGACAGGGAUCACAUUUUUAGCUUCCGGUUGGUUGCUAUGGACAUCAUCGACGUGUUCUCUCACUGUUCUACAAUGCUAUGGAAUAGGAUGUCAGCUGUGUCUUGAGUUCAAUUUCAAGCGAGUUCAGUGUGUUGACAUCUCAUGCCAUGCGCCAAUGGAGCAAAUUAUUUGUAUAACUAACUAGGGGUUUGGCUGCUCUCCAAAGCACGAAACAUGACGAAAACCCGGCAUCUACACGUAUAUGCACAAUUUCCCGUCGAG